CCGGAGGGACUUCAUCUUGCAUCCUGAUGCUAGUUUGGACCCCAAGCUUCCUUCUUUGUGCCCCUCCCCGUUUCCCCGAGGCCAGAGGGUCACAGUCCUACUGCCCCGUGGGGAGUAGUUGGAGAGACUGAGGCUCCCCAUUCAGGACUUGGAGCUCUUAGGCUGACCCUAGGCUCCUUAGCACAAGAAGACAGCAGCAACCCCCUCAAAGGAAGGCUAGGCCAUCCAAGGAGCUGGUGAAUAUGCCCUACACGGUUUUGCCUACCACACAGGCCAAAUCCGGGGGGUCUGUGAUCGGCAACAAAAACCGCUUGUGAAGGGAACCCGUGCUAGCUUCUCCCAGCCAGGGAUGGGGAGAGAUCUGGGCGGGGCUGUGGCUCUCCACCCCAUCUCCUCCCUUCGCCUCGGCCCAGGACACUCCUCCCUGGGGAAUGCUGCUAGUUGCCAGGAUUGCUGGGGGCGUUAGGGGCAGCCUGCCCAGCCUGAUGCUGACUCUCCUUGCAGAUGGGGUUGGUGAGGACUUGGCACACGGUUGUGUAGUACCUGGAGUCAGCAGCACCUACCGACGGAUCCCGGACGCUGCUCAAGGUGGCUCGCUGGACUCCUGGAAGGGAGAUGGCCAGCUGAGAGGUCUCAGGAGGCAGGAGCCACUUCUCAAACUGGCCUCCCGGGACUCAGGAGUGGAGAUGGUGGUUGGGGACAGCCUCCUGGCUACCUCACCGGGCCUUUCUCAGGACUCUCUGGACUUUGAGCCCACAGGGAGCCCUGAGCCCCUGGCCCUUGCUUCCACGGAGCCUCCUGCCCACCUAGGCCGGCUGCUGGCCAACCGUAAGCUGGAGCAGGUGCUGGAGCGGUCCCGCCAGCUCCCGACUUCCCCUGCCAGUAUGUCACAACGCCCCCGCUCCCUGAAGUCCCCCAGCGAGCCUGAAUGUGAAAUGCCCCUUUUUGGAGCCGGGGAACAGGAGGCCACUGAGGCAGAAACUGACCUGGAGGCAGGCCUGGAAGAAGCAGAGGUGGCGGGGGGCCUGGGGCCUGAAGCCCGGGCCUGUCUCCCAGGGCAGGGUCUCCGCUACCUGGAACACCUGUGCCUGGUGCUGGAGCAGAUGGCAAGGCUCCAGCAGCUCUACUUGCAGCUGCAGACCCAGAGGCCCCCACGGGUGAGUGAGCCGCAGGGCCGGCAGGCCAGCAGGGGUCAGGAUCCUGAAGCGGAGGAAGAGGAGGAGGCGGGGAAGCCCACCCUGGCCCCCUCACCGCCACCUUCUCGUGCCCCAGGCCGUGAGGUGCACGGACUGCCCAGCCCGAUGCAGGAGACAGGGGCAAAAUCAGCUGCGCCCCUAAAGGUAGGGCUGCCCGGUGUCAACCCUCCCAUGCUGUUAGAGGCUGCUGCAGAGCCCGCUCACAUCUUUCCAUCCUCCCAGGGACACAAGCGGGAUCUCUCCCACUGGAACAAGGUCAAGGUCCUGCUCAACCGGAUCCGUUGGAGGAGCCCGAAACACCCUGAGUCCCCUGCCCCUCUUGAUGGCCCUGCCCCUAGGAUUGAGUCAAGGGGCGUCCCUGAAAGACCUCCAUGCCAGCCCCUCCGGAAGACCUUUAUGCCAUCAUUUGUGGUUAAGAAGCAACGAGCAAAAAACCUUUCUGUAUGCUGAGACCUCCUGGUGCAGGGACGUGACCCUGCGUGGGGGUGUGUGCAGUGAAGUCUUCUUCCUCGCCCUUUGCCCUGUUGCUGCUUCUGGGCACUGCCAGGAAAAGCUGCUGAUGCUCACCCUUCUCUCUGAGGAGAGGGCUGGAUCUUUCUCCUCUGGGCAGCCUGGAAGAGGAGUCCUGGUUCCCUGAGAGGCCCCAAGGUGCGGCAGCCUCCGGGCUCCUUGCUGGUUGCCAGAAAUCCCUGGGCCUAGUCAAUGUGAACUAACUUAUUUAUCAGGAGUCCAUGGAACGUGUUUGGCAUGGUGAUCUCCCGGGGCCUAGUGUGUCACAGAUGUGUAUUUGUGCAAAAUGAUACGUGUAUCUCUGUGAGUCUGUCACUGUUGUGAACUGGCUGGAUACAACCGUUUCUUCUGAAUCAUGCACUCAAAGGGUUGGUCUUCUGGGUGAGGUAACUGCGAAAGGAUGGAACUGAACUUCAUUCCUCAGUGGGCAGUUACUGAUUUGGAGUCCUGCUUUCCUUCUCAUACCUUCAUGGGUAGCCCCAGGACGGGCGGGGCGGGGCUCCUAUCUUGGGUGCCUCUGCAUGGAGUCUUGCCUGUGAAACAGAGCCCCUGAAGACCAAACCUGGAAUGGAAGGGUCAGGGACAACAUGGAGAAAAGCAGAGUAAGCUUCAAGAUCUGUCUUCAGCUGCUUUGGUCCCUAAUAACCUUUACAUAUCAGAGCAGAAACCAGAGACAUACUAGCUUUUAGACCUUGACAAAAAUCCCUUAACUUUUCUGAGCCAUAGCUUCCUACUUAAUCUCCCAAAUGGUUUAAUGAUACCUGCCCUACCUACCUCACAGUCUUAUUAUGAAGAUAAAAUGAGAUUAAACUGUCUUGAAGUGCA